UCACUCUCAUGGUCCUUCCAACACACCCGUACAUACCAAAUGUCACCCACAGCAGCACAUCUGUCCCACUCGUCCAUCGACCCAUCCACUGCCGCUUACAGUGCUCCGUCCCCCUGUGACACUCCCGCAGCGCCCCAUGACCACCUUCAUCUGAUCUCCCAUCGCCUGCUCGACCAUGCCUCUCGCGAACAGCCGACUGGGCGGCUGCUGCAACAACAUGCCCUGGAUCAGCUGCGGCACGUCCUACAGCCGACAGAGGCCGGGGCUGUGAGCUCCUGUCCCUCCCAUGGUCUCCAUCCCUGUCGGCGUCGUCUCGUCUGCCCUUGUCGUCCUGCCUGCUGCUGGUGGGGCACCGCUGUGAGGGCUGUGAAGGGGCGGUGUCGGCCAUGUCGACGUGGAAGGCCAUGAUGGUCGGGCCGAGCAGAUGCCACGCCACAGUGAUCAGCAGACAUAGAAUGACGAUCAGCGCUAUCAAGAUCUCGAUGGCAAGCACCUGAAAGAUCCACCACAGACACGCACACGGCAUUCAUCCACCCGUGCAUGGACGUGGCUGCCUGCGUGUGUGCCUUUGCUUCUGUUCUUGCUCACUCACUCACCACGCUGGGAGUGUGUGUCGUGGCCUUUGCGUCUGUAUCGACGCCGUACUGCAUCACAUACUCGGCGAUGUACUCCAGGUCAUCGUCGUGGUCCGGCACCAACCGAGGCUCCUCAAACAU